AUGGCAAAGGAUGCUACCAAGACUCUUCCAACACACCAUACCGCCAGCUUACCUCCGCAGCAUAUAGUUGACUUAUUCAAAGUCUGCUUUGACCCGGAGCUCUACAAAAACGAACAAGAUGUGCUCAGUGCUGCAAUCCAAAGUGUCAAGACCGAUUUGUACAAUAGAGACUACCCCGCUGCUUUUAACUCGUUUGAGAAAAGGACAGCUUACUGUACAAGGUGGUCGCCAUCCCGAGCAAUAGCGUACGCGUCUCUUUUCAGUCAACUGCGGCCUGUACGAGAGGUUAUCAAAUGCGAGAAAGAGAGCAGCUCAAGCAGUAACGUCUUGUGUGUUGGAGGUGGCGCGGGCGGUGAGCUUAUUGGAAUUGCAAGUAUCUUCACCCCUUCUAUUGACUUCAACGCAAAGUACGCAACCACCAAAUCUGCGGUUCAAUCCAAGAGACUGACCGUGAAAUUGGUUGACAUUGCAGACUGGAGCGCGGUUGUGGAUAGGCUCAAGGGCACAAUGCGCGAUGUUUGGUUGUUUGACCAUUCGUCAGAUCUAGAUGUGCAGUCACUCAAUCUGAACGUCUUGAAAACAGGCGCCUCUGACCUAGGUGUGCCGUCUCUGGACCUGAUUACCUUACUUUUCACCACAAACGAGCUUUUUAUGGAGGACAAAGCCGGAAGUAUCCGCUUCUUCCAGAUGCUCAAUAAGGAAUGUUCUUCAGGCUGCUACCUUCUCAUCGCUGAGAGCGCAGGAAGCUACUCGCACAUCACGGUGGGUACCAAGAAGUUUCCUAUUCAAUUCCUUAUCGAUACGCUACUACUUGGAAAGCGCGGGGAAGAAAGUGAAGGGCAAUGGGAGCUCGUUGAUCAGAACGACUCCAUAUGGUACCGUGCAAAAGAUGACAUGGACUACCCAUUGAAGGUCGAAAACAUGAGAUUUUUCUACAGACUUUAUAGAAAGAAGUAG